GCGUGCGUGUGAAUGUGAGAAAGCAAGAGGCAUGCCAGGAGAGCGCGGGAAAGAUUACCGGGAAGGCAAGUGUGCAUCUCUCUCUCUCUCUCUUUCUAGCAUCCAGGCUUGCUGCAGCCCCUAGCUGGGUAAGGGGUGUGAUGUGAGAGUGGGGUGGGAGGGGGCAGCAGGCGGGGCCUGCCACGUCACUUGGAGAGUGUGUUAAGGAGGAAGGGCAGAGCUGAGAGCUGAGCCUGCUGCUGCUGCUGCUGUUGCUGCUGCUGCUGUUGCUGCUGCUUGCUGUUGCUGCUGCUGCUGGGGCUGCUGCGGGUGCGGGCAAGGAUUGAUGCGGUGGGGAGGUGGGUCUCUGCGCUCCGGCGCCCGGGCAGGCCCAGGGCGGUUCCGAGGCCUGUAGAACAGCUCCUGGGAAGAAGGUGGCGGCUGCAAUCGCGACCUUGGCCAGACCUAGUUCGGUGGUGGACGUAGGGCGGAGGCGGAGGCCGAGCCCGGGCAGGAGUCUUUGGCGAGCCAGAGGGAGGCGCAUCUGGCGCUUCGGUACCAGCGGCAGCCUUGUGAGUCUUGUGAGGCUGGAGAAGCGCAGCAGGACCUGGUGAGAGCUAGCAAGUCUGGAGGGCGGACCUGUGGGUCCCGAGCCCAGCUUUAGGCACCAUCGAGAGCUAAGCCAAGCGUCUUUUCGGGCAGCCAGUUUCACGCGCGCGACAGUUUGCGGGUUCCAGGCAUCUCAGAAAUCUUGAGCACGGAGGCGCGGCUACUGAGAGCCAGAGCCACAUCCCAGACCUAGCCUGGCAGAGAGACCAGCUGCAGGGUUCACCGACCUAACCGCCAGGUCAGAGCACGGGCCCCACCCUAAAGGAGGGCGCAGCCGGAGCUGGGAAGCCGGUGCCGCGCUCCGGAGCUCGUGUCGUGGGCGCCGUCCUAGUGGCGGGGAGCGCACCGCCGAGGUGACAUGAGAUCGGAGAAAUCCCUGACGCUGGCGGCGCCGGGGGAGGUCCGUGGGCCGGAGGGGGAGCAACAGGAUGCGGGUGAGUUCCAGGAGGCCGAGGGCGGCGGCGGCUGCUGUAGUAGUGAGAGGCUGGUGAUCAACAUCUCUGGGCUGCGCUUCGAGACGCAGCUGCGCACCUUGUCGCUGUUCCCUGACACGCUGCUAGGAGACCCUGGCCGCAGAGUCCGCUUCUUUGACCCCUUGAGGAAUGAGUACUUCUUUGACCGCAACCGACCCAGCUUCGAUGCCAUCCUUUAUUACUACCAGUCGGGGGGUCGCCUGCGCAGGCCGGUUAACGUGCCCCUUGACAUCUUCAUGGAAGAGAUUCGCUUCUAUCAGUUGGGAGACGAAGCCCUGGCGGCCUUCCGGGAGGAUGAGGGUUGCCUGCCCGAAGGUGGGGAGGAUGAGAAGCCACUCCCCUCCCAGCCUUUCCAGCGACAGGUCUGGCUCCUCUUUGAGUAUCCGGAGAGUUCUGGGCCCGCCCGAGGCAUUGCCAUCGUCUCAGUGUUGGUCAUCCUCAUCUCCAUUGUCAUCUUUUGCCUGGAGACCUUGCCUCAGUUCCGUGCAGAUGGGCGCGGUGGAAGCAACGAGGGGAGUGGGACCCGCAUGUCCCCGGCCUCCAGGGGGAGCCACGAGGAGGAAGAUGAAGACGAGGAUUCCUAUGCAUUUCCUGGUAGCAUUCCCUCUGGGGGGUUGGGGACCGGAGGAACUUCUUCAUUUAGUACUCUCGGGGGUUCCUUCUUCACAGACCCCUUCUUCCUGGUGGAAACUCUGUGUAUCGUCUGGUUCACCUUUGAGCUCCUGGUGCGCUUCUCUGCCUGUCCCAGCAAGGCGGCCUUCUUUCGCAAUAUCAUGAACAUCAUUGACUUGGUGGCCAUCUUCCCCUACUUUAUCACCCUGGGCACCGAGCUAGUGCAACGUCACGAGCAGCAGCCUGUGAGUGGUGGCAGUGGUCAGAAUGGGCAGCAGGCCAUGUCCCUAGCCAUCCUCAGGGUGAUCCGCCUGGUCCGGGUGUUUCGGAUCUUCAAGCUCUCCCGCCACUCCAAGGGGUUGCAGAUCCUGGGUAAGACCUUGCAAGCAUCCAUGCGGGAGCUCGGGCUACUCAUCUUCUUCCUCUUCAUUGGAGUCAUCCUCUUCUCCAGCGCUGUCUACUUCGCAGAGGCAGAUGACGUUGACUCGCUCUUCCCUAGCAUCCCAGAUGCCUUUUGGUGGGCUGUGGUUACAAUGACCACAGUAGGUUAUGGGGAUAUGUACCCCAUGACGGUGGGAGGCAAGAUUGUGGGCUCACUGUGUGCCAUUGCUGGGGUCCUCACCAUUGCAUUACCGGUACCGGUCAUUGUCUCCAAUUUCAACUACUUCUACCACCGAGAGACGGAGCAGGAGGAGCAAGGCCAGUAUACCCACGUCACUUGUGGGCAGCCUACACCGGACCUGAAGGCAACGGACAAUGGGCUUGGCAAACCUGACUUUGCGGAGGCGUCACGGGAACGGCGGUCCAGCUACCUUCCAACUCACACCGAGCUUAUGCAGAGAAAAGGAUGCUCACCGAGGUUUGAUGGAUGCGGGCAGGCCUGCAGGAAAACAGGAGCUCUGAGCAAGUCAUCUCUCAGGCUUCCUUCUCAUGCUCACUACUCCCGCCUUAGCUCCAGAGGACCUCGAACCCCCGCCCCGCCCCCUCCCGUACACAGUACACGGCAUCCUGGACCAAAUAUCUGGACUAUAGACUGUUGCUCGCUCCUCGCAGCAUUCGAGGUUUCUCCACCUUAGUGACAUUUUUGGAAAUUUCAACGGUGCCACCCAAUCAUGCCCAUCAGUCACGUGAAUGAGAUGCACAUUUCUGACUGACCUUCCCUCAAGACUGAGUUCUCAUGCCUGGGUCUUGUAAUAUCUCUAGGAAUGGUGACACCAAUAGAAUAGGAAGCAGCUACACUCAGGUCCCUUCUUUAGAGUCCUUUGCUUUGGGUCAUGCGCCUUCCUUAGCUUCUGGUCACGUGGUCACUGGCAGACUCUGGACGAUGGAAGAUUUCAGCUUGCUGUUUUGGUGCUCUCUCCAGCUUCUGGCUGGUAGAGCUAUUAGCUGCCCGGCUUUGAAAGUUAUCCACAGCUAAAUUUGGAUGGAAUUAGAGAAAAACUACCCAACUGGAUUAUUUGAAGGACACGAGGGUCAGUUCUAGACCAAUGGGGGCCAGUGGACUUCUCUAGUUGUGAUCUGUCACAGGAGACCACAGCAGGGGGGUCUACAGUAGACCUCACCACUCAGAUUCCCUGACUCCCUUGAGCUUUCAGGAAGGCACCUUCUCAGAGCCAAGUUCUAUUUGUGAGCAAGCGCCUUGGUGUGAGGAGGAACUGGAAAACAGAACCACGGAGACAGGAGAAAAGCCUGACCAGAGCCGAAGGACUGGCUGGACCACACAUCUGAAGCGAGGUGCCCCUUAGCAGAGACUGUCAACUUAGAACAGGCAGAGGGACCCUGCUGCAGUCAGCAGCCAAUUCUCUGAGAUUAGCCCAGAUCUCUCUAAGGUAUCCUCUUCCCUUCUCCCUGGGAACCUGACCUAGGAUUGCAGAUUGUUUUUAUAAAGCGGACCUCAGCUCUAACCUACAGACAGGUGAGUUCACACAUCGAAUGCCAGCAGAGCUUUUCUCUUAUGCUGCGGGCAACAGCCUUUGGUUGGGAGCCAGGAAAGGGCACGGCUAUGUUGUUGGCAGCUUCUGUUCUGCUGAGUCAAGCAAACGUUGGUCCGCUCUGCUCUGCCUUUGGAGCUGCAUUCGGCCUGCUCUAACUGCUAAGGUAACUCGGUGGUUCCCACUUGGACCAAGCCAUCUUCUACCAUUGUGAAAUCACUGCCACCCUCCCAGCUGCCCACUGCCCCCUCCCCCCUCCCCCGUAACAUUGCCAUUCAGUUUUGCCUUUGAUAAACUGUGACACACUGUUCUCAGUUCUCAUGGGUACGGUUCUGAAACUCAAAGGACUGUUAACAUGUUUUUAAUUUUAUAUUGAUGCUUUAAGAUUCUUCGAAGAGAAUGCUUUUUCAAAAGAUUUUCCUGAAGAGCAACUUAGUAAGGAGAGUGACCUUGACUACUGGCUUGAGAGGCCACUGUGGCUCCAGGGAGGGACAGAUCACAGUCUGAGGUUUGCCACAGCUUUACAGGGUAACUCUGGUGUCACGGUCCCUCAUUGUGCCUCAGUUUCUCCCACCCGUUAAAUGAGGACAUUAAAGUCUUCCCCUCCCUACCUCAUGGGGGAAUUAUCAAUAAACUCACCCAGGAAGGUGGGGAAGAUGCUAUGCAAGUGUAUGAAUUCUAGUAAUGGCUUUGAGUUUUCGUUCAUUAUACUGCCUGCCUAUCUCUCAAAGGCAAGGCCUUUCCCCCAGAAAUUUCCACUGUGGAUCCAAAGCCUAAGACUAGGUCAUUGUAGACCACCAGCUUUCUAAGUCUCUCCUUGGCAUUUUGGGCUUGGGUCCCCAUCCUUUCUUUCACCCUUCAGAAUGGAGUAUAUUCUUGUGGUAGACUUGGUGGCCAGAAGUCAUUUCCUCGGAGGCUUGACUUCUCCAAGCCUGCAACAGAGUAAAAGACUGAGAUGUUUAAGGCUCCGAGAUCUAUUCCAAGGCCAGUAAGAAAGUAUUUUGUUUCCAGUGAUUUUAGUUGUUAGGAGCCCACCCCAGCGACCAAAGGGAGGCCCCGAGCUGAGGAUGGAUGAGGGGAUAUGUGUGCAUGGAUCUCUCUCUCUCUGUGUAUAUAUUGUCACCCUCAUCACUGUCCCUGUCUUUAUGCAAACAUUGCCUUUUCAAGUCAGAACAUGCCUGAAAGUAAAAGGUUUGUGGAGAGCCAGGCUCUCCAGGGACUCUGGUUGCUGUAGCAACCUUCCAGACUGUUCUUUCUACUGAUUUGGGUAUCAAGGGGGAGCAGACUACAUAUCCCAGCUUCUCGUGUGGGAACACCUCCAAUCUAUCGAUUUAGGCAUUGGCAGAACUAAAACAAGGACUCAGGACCUUUGACAACGUGGGGGAAGUAGAUUCUCAACACUUCCUGCCUAGACCUUUCUUCCUGGCUCUUUAUCCGGUCACUGAAGCUGCCACAUCUUACCCCGAUUCUUCAGAAACUUGAAUGCUUAGAAACUGCCCAACUCUGCCAACACCAAUGUCAGGUUUUCAAAAGGAGACCUCAGAGAGGGGUACAAAAGGUCCUCUCCGUAGCCGUCAGACUGGGCCUUGAGGACACAGAGGACACCAGUCUGGGGUGUCAUGGUAUUCUCAUCUCAGAUGCAGGCUCUUCCCAGCUCUAAGAGAGAUCGAGAAGAAUGGAACUCCUCCCUCCCAGGGAGCAGCAUUGCUCCUGACAAAAAUUACGGAAGCGAUUCUUAAGAUGUCAGACAGAACCUGAGAGGCCGUGACUCAAUCUAGCUUUUGUGAAGAGUUUUGUCCAGGGAGCUCUCCCUGCUUCUGAGCCUCCCUGUGGAUGACGUAACCUUGGCAUCCAGAGAGAACGUGUACCACCGUGUGCUGCCUCAGCAGCUGGAAUAGCAUCACAGCUGCCUGAGAAGGUGGGGUUCAAGCCAUCUCAAUGACUGACUUAAGCCAGUGGGGGCUCCCAGAGGACGCCCUAGGACUGCCAGUUUCUGCUUGGGAUGAGGACAUUCCUCCUGCCUAGCAUCCCAGAGGAGCAAGGAACAGCUGGCCUUCCUUGCCUCUGAGGGCUGUGCUGCUCGUGGUCACUCUGGAAAACCUGUGCAUCCGAAGACCUUUAACUUCUCGGGAGGAUGAGACCCCACGCCUCCUCCCUGAAUAACUCAGCCUGGCAGCCCCUGGCGGCCUUCCGCAAGCACUGACCGGGACUGGAAAAGGCUGACACGGGGGAUUCUGGAUGUUGCAGUGGGGCCAUAGGAAGGUGGGGAGAGCUGCUGGUCUGAUAGAAGGAGAAAGGGUGUUAGGAUGAUGUGGGAUCAUGUGUGCUGCAGAGACGCCCAGGCACUCGCUGGCUGGGGAAGAGUAACUAAUAAAUAAAUGACAGUCUCAGAGGUCUUGCCUUCUGCUGUGUGACAACUGCAAGAGCUGAGCCCAGCCAGCACUCAUGUCACAGGCCUUGAUGAGGGCAGGAGAUGCUGAAGUGUUUAGUCGGCUUCCCAGCAUUUGCCACCCCAGGCGCUGGCCACCCGUGGGCCACCAGGGAAGGCCUCCUUCAGCUUCUGCAGGUUCAGCCUCAGGGAGGGGAUGUUUCCUGAGGAGACCGGAGACAGAGCCCGUUGCCUGGCAUGCUCUGUCUCUUGAGUCUACAGCACAGAGCAUGUGUCAAGGUCAGAACUGUCUUUCAAGUGGUUUCCCGGGGCCUCCGGAGAGCACACACAGGCCUCUCUGGGUAGCAAGACUGGUCUCUGCUCCCCUUAUUUGGAACAGGCUUUUUCAUGUAGCCCAGGCUGCUCUCCUGCUCUCUGUAGAGGCAAAGAUGAACUUGAACUCUUGAUUUUCCUGUCUUGGCCUCUUCAGCGCUGAGAUGACAGCACCCGCAUGUGUGUGCACGCAUGUGCGCACGUGUGUGUUUGUGUGUACGCGCCAUCAUGCAAGCCCUUCUAGUGACUCUUGUUGCUGUCCUUGAAACCUGUAGUCGAUUGCUUUCCCUCAUGAGAAGUAACAGUGAUGUCCCCCAACGAACACUCUCAUCCAAUUCUGGGGUUUCUGGAGAGGGCCAUCCUCACCAGUAUCCACACACCCAAGAUUCGUUCCUGUUGAGCUAAAUUUAAUUCCUAAUUAGGUGGUGAGGGGGGAAGCGUGUGUGCACAUGGGAGCCUUCCAUAAUGUUAAAAUCCUUCUAGAUUCUUUUUUCAUGGCCGGGCUCGUCACCCUACUCUAUGGACUGAACCACAGCCUAUCUGUUGUUCAGCAGGACACCCAGUAUGGAAGGACCAUUGAUGAGUAUCAGCUGGACCGGUGACAGAGAGCUUGAAUGGAUAAGCGUAGGCUCUGGCUGAUAAUUAUAGUCAAAGAACGUACAUUCAAAUGAUCAAGUGCUCACAAACUGUUGAUUCCAAGUGAA